AUGAUCCUUUUCUACUUUCUCUCCUCGAUUCUUAUUGUUAGCUUCCCCACUGAAGCUGAAUACAUCGGCCAUAACUGCUCAACUUUAGCUGGCCACUCCACCUCCACCUUUAAAUCCAAUCUUAACCAACUCCUCUCAACCCUUUCCUCCAACUCCAACCGCAGCGACACCGCCGGCUUCUACAACGCCACCGUCGGCACCGCCUACGGCCUCUUCCUCUGCCGCCGUGAUGUGUCUGCCCGUGUCUGCAAAGGAUGCGUGGCCAACGCAAUCUCGAAGGCGCUCGUACGCUGUCCCGACAACCAACAGGCCGUGGUUUGGUACGACCACUGUAUGCUACGAUACUCAAACCAGCCCUUCUAUUCUGAGGCUGCCACGUCGCCUGUGCUGGUAUGGUCUUUCAACAAGACUGUGACACAGUAUCGGGUGGAACCAGCUGAGAUUAACGUUGCGCUGGUUAAGACUUUGGACAACUUGGUCCCCAAGGCAGCCAAUGCCAGCCACAAGUUUGCGACGGAAAAAGCAACUGUUUCGGCGAGCCUGAUUUCGUUUACGGUGUACAGCCUUGGGCAGUGCACGCAGGACCUGUCCGCCGCGGAUUGCAAUGCGUGCCUCCAAAAAGGCGCGACGCGGUUGGUGCCGAGUAUGCAAGGAGGAGGAGUUCUAUAUCCAAGUUGUAAUGUUAGGUUCGAAAUGUACUCCUUCUACCAAGAGGUGACAAAUUCCACAAAAGGGUCGCUUCAAUCCGAGCCAUCACUCCCUCCUCCACCCGCCUUGCCUCCAACGCUGCCACCUCCGCCAUCUGCCCCUCUGUCGACCAGACCUGGACGAAGCAAAGUCGCAUUCAUAAUCAUCGCUAGUACUCUUGGUCCUGUUGCUUUCUGUGUGUUAAUUGUGAUUGUGGCCGGAUGCUUCUUUCCCAAGAGACUAAGAAGAGUCAGAGAGAAAUACCAAGCCAAAAAACAACAGAAAAAAGUUGGAAAUGAUAUGAAGACUGUUGAGUCCUUGCAAUUUGAUUUGGGAACUAUUGAAACUGCCACAAACAAGUUUUCAGACAACAACAAAUUAGGUGAAGGAGGAUUUGGUGCAGUUUUCAAGGGAACACUUGGUAAUGGACAAGAAAUAGCAGUAAAACGGCUAUCAAAAAGCUCCACACAAGGUGUGCAAGAAUUCCAGAAUGAGGUUGUAUUGGUAGCCAAACUUCAACAUAGAAAUCUUGUGAGGCUUCUGGGAUUUUGCUUGGAAGGAGAAGAAACCCUACUUGUCUAUGAAUAUGUAUCCAACAAAAGUCUCGAUCACUUUCUAUUUGAACCCACAAAACGAGAGCAGCUGAAUUGGUUAAGACGCUGCAUCAUAAUAGGAGGAAUUGCUCGAGGAAUUUUAUAUCUUCAUGAAGAUUCUAGACUUAGAGUUAUACAUCGUGAUUUGAAAGCUAGCAACAUCUUGUUAGAUGGCUAUAUGAAUCCAAAAAUAUCAGAUUUUGGCAUGGCUAAAAUGUUUGGACUUGAUGGUCAAACUCAAGGAAACACCAAAAGAAUUGUUGGCACUCUUGGUUACAUGGCUCCAGAAUAUGCAAUGGAGGGAUUGUAUUCCAUAAAAUCUGAUGUCUUUAGCUUUGGAAUACUCUUGCUUGAGAUCAUAACAGGAAAAAGGAACUUUUUGGGUUUUGACGAAUGUGUACCUACUCUUCUAGCAUAUGCUUGGCAAUUAUGGAAUGAAGGAAAGGUGUUGGAGUUGAUGGAUCCACUACUGUUGAAAGAUUCAUGCAGCCCAAAUGAAUUUUUGAGAUACAUCCACAUUGGACUAUUGUGUGUUCAAGAGGAUGCAAACAAUAGGCCAACCAUGUCAUCAGUUUUUCUAAUGCUGAAAACUGAAACUCUUAGUCUUUCCAAACCUGAGCGACCUGCAUUUUUUACUGGGAGGUCUGAAAACCACCACCGUCAGAUUGGUGCUUAUACAUGCAGUGUCAAUGGUUUGACGGUUUCUGAUGAUAUGCCCCGUUGA